AGAAUAUAGCAAGAAAUGCAGCAUGUUAUCGCAAAUGUGUUCUCAUCUAUGCACGCGUUCUUUCUGCGCGUCAAAUCGCAUUUUAGUCUACAUGGACCAUCAUCGACCUCGGCAUCUGAUUCACCCCGCUCCACCACACCCACCACGCCAGGUCCAUCGUCAUAUACUCCGCCCAUGGAGCUACAACGUUCCAAAUCAGUCAAAUCGAUACGCGUGCGGAAAGUGUCGAAAGGAUCGUUGAAAUCAUUACGUCGCGGCACCAUUUGCGUUACAGUCAGCACGCACGCAUCCUCAGUAUUCUACGAUGAUGAGGGUGACUACAUUAAACAUCCCGUCCUUUACGAGCUCAGCCAUAAAUAUGGUUUCACUGAUAAUCUACCCGAGAGUGCGCUGCCCAAUCGCCUGGAAGAAAUUAAAGAGGCGAUACGACGGGAAAUUCGCAAAGAGCUGAAAAUCAAAGAAGGUGCCGAAAAGUUGCGCGAAGUGGCCAAAGAUCGACGAUCCUUGAACGAUGUGGCAUCAAUCGUAAAGAAAAGCAAUAGCAAAUUGGCCGAGUUGAAGUCGGAAUUGCAAGAAUUGGAAAGUCAUAUUCUUCUAACGCAAGGCAACUCUGUGAGCAAUGGAAGAGAAAAAUUUGANCAUGAACAACUUUCAGCGAAUGACAAGAUGCUCAUCUCACUCGAGAAGCAAUUGAAUAUCGAAAUGAAAGUAAAGAAUGGCGCUGAGAAUAUGAUACAGUCACUGGCCAAUGGUCAUCAUGGGCGCGACAAGAAGCUAUUAGCCGAGGCGCAGCAAAUGCUAGCCGAUUCAAAGGCGAAAAUUGAAUUCCUGCGGCUACGCAUACUCAAAGUAAAGCAGAACAAGGAGCAUGCUCAUAAAUUGUCUGCACAGGCAGCUAUUGCGGCUAGUGGUGAUGGCGAGAAUGGCGGUCAGCCACAGCGGCUGGAGACGACGCUCGAAGAGCGUAUCGAAGAGUUGCGGCAUCGUUUACGCAUAGAGGCCGCUGUGGUAGAUGGAGCAAAGAAUGUGAUACGUACCCUACAGAAUAAUAAAGUGCCCGAUAAGAAGGCGUUGCAAGAGGCAAACAUACGCCUUAGCGAAUCGUCGCGUAAAUUGGAUCUUCUCCGGCACUCACUUGACUUGCGGCGUCUGGAAUUGCCAGUAGAUUCACCAGCCGCCCACCAAUUAAAAUCCGAGCUGCAGUCAGUUCAGCAGGCUUCGUCUCCAAUUCCAGUCACAUACACGUCGCUGCAGCCCUUCCACGGUGGCUUACUAGGCGGCAAGCCGUAUCAGCAAGUCUCACUGGGGCGUUGCGCCAGUGUUUCGGGUAAGUUGGAAGUGCGCCUGAUGGGUUGUCAGGGCCUGCUGGAAGAUGUGCCUGGCCGCUCGAGGCGCGACAAAGACAACAACUCCAGCCCUGGUGAUUUGCGUAGUUUCGUGAAAGGUGUAACAUCGCGUAGCAGCUCGAAAAGUUAUUCAGUCAAGGAUGAAACGUCUUCGGAAAUUAUGGCAGUCAUAAAGUUAGACAAUAUAACAGUAGGGCAAACUUCUUGGAAGCCUUGUUCACAACAGGCAUGGGAUCAGCGCUUUUCCAUCGAUCUAGAUCGUUCGCGUGAGCUGGAGAUUGGCGUUUACUGGCACGAUUGGCGUUCGCUGUGUGGCGUAAAAUUCUUGAGAUUAGAGGAAUUCAUUGACGAUGUACGGCACGGCAUGGCACUACAAUUGGAGCCACAAGGUCUACUCUUUGCCGAGAUUAAAUUCCUUAAUCCAAUGAUAUCGCAAAAACCAAAACUGCGUCGGCAGCGCAUGAUCUUCAAUAAGCAACAGGUAAAGAAUAUACCACGUGCCAAGCAGAUGAAUAUCAAUGUGGCCACCUGGGGUCGUUUGCUGAAGCGCAAUACGCCUUCUAGUUCACACUUAGCCGCCGAAGGUACGCCACGUGGCAAUUCACGCGACAGCGAAUCGCCUAUUUCGCGUUCGCCUUCGUCUGGUACCAUCGAUGCCGAGCCGGAGCCUUAUUCACCAGGGCAGCAAGCACGCAAUUUGGAGUAUGACCCCGAUGCGGGCAUACACGAACACGUCGAAACACCCGGAGAAUGUCCCGAUCCCGAAGUGAGCGGUUUGAGCGGCAUGCGGCCACUGUCGAUGCAGGGUAUUGCAGUGCUGCCACCGGAAGUGCCUUCACAAUCUCCACAGUCUCUGCAACAGCAGCAGCAGCAGCAACAACAACAAAACCAGCUGCAGCAACAGCAUUUGUCUACGAAAAACAAUAAUUUACAAUUGCAAAUCGCUGGCAAGCAUAGCUCAGUAGCGGCGGCGGCGUCGACAGAACCUGCCAGCGGGGCCGGUUUGUCCAUGGGCUCAAGACCCACAUCGAAGUUGCCAACACCUACACAGACACAGCCUCCACCAAUACCGAGUACUGCGCCUCCAAAACUCGAUCCCGAGUUACAGAAUGCACUGCGUGAAUUCGAUUUUCUCAAUCAAAUGGACUCACAACCCAAUACGCUGCAACGGCCUGUCCACCAAUACGGCAGCCGUCAGCAGCAGCAGCCGCCGCCACAACAACCGUCGCAACAAAAGCCACAACAACAGCCAUUGCAGCAGCAGUACAUUGCCUCAGCCGCACAGCAAAUACUCCAGCCUUAUCAUACACCACUGCCCACUCAACAUCCAACGCCGUUGCAUCAAUACCAGCCACAACCGACGUCACAGCAGCCACAACAGCUGCUGUCCGCUGGUGCUGGUGGUGGUGGUGGUGGUCAGGGGGGUCAGGGUCGCCAGCAAGGUUCAAUGCCGACAACACCGGAACUUAACAGCAGCCAAAUGACGGCGCCGAAUUUUGCGAAUGCUACAACGGCGAACAACAACAGCAGCAGCAAUUACAACAUGUCGCAUGUGGCACGUCAAACUAGUCAAAGUAGUUUCAGAAAUCAACAACAAAACUACGUCAACAACAAUAAUGCAAACGUAAAUGCGGCGAUGGGUAUUGCUGGAACAACGGGUGGCAUGGGCAAUAUAUAUCAUCGUCCGGUGCUGGCCAUGCCGCCGGUGAUAUUGAUGGGCGGCGAGUUGGCAGCCAAUGAUAUGAGCAGCCCGAUAAUUGAAAUGCCGCCAUCGCCAGCGCCAAGUGGAAUGCCAAUUGUGGAGUAUCCCGAUGACGAUGAGUACGCGCACGACGCUUCAGCAACGAGUUACAGCACCGGUGUCGGUGAUCGUUUCUGUGUCGAGGUUAGGAUUGAUAUUUUUUUGUGUUUUUUAUAUUUUUAUUUGUUUGUUUUCUUGCACAUUUUAUGUUGGCGUUAAUAGUUGAGAUAUGUUUAUUGUUUAAUGAGUUUAUUGCAAUUUUUGUUGGUCAUUCAUGAGACGACAAAGCCUUUGCGCAAGUUUAAUUUGUC